GUAGCCAGGAGGCGGAAGUUGCCGGGGGCCGUGGGGACGGCGUACACACCGCGAGUCACUUGUCAGCGCUCGUCUGAAGCGGAGGCAUCGCUGCGCCGGACCCGAGUUUCUUUCAUUUUGGGGCAUUGGACUUUGCGCCAUUAUAACCAUGAGCAACUACAGUGUGUCCUUGGCUGGCCCAGCUCCUUGGGGUUUCCGGCUACAAGGUGGCAAGGAUUUCAACAUGCCUCUGACCAUCUCUAGCCUAAAAGAUGGCGGCAAAGCAUCCCAGGCAAACGUAAGAAUAGGUGAUGUGGUUCUCAGCAUUGAUGGAAUAAGUGCACAUGGCAUGACUCAUCUUGAAGCCCAGAACAAGAUUAAGGGUUGUACAGGCUCUUUGAAUAUGACUCUGCAAAGAGCAUCUGCUACACCCAAGCCUGAGCCGGUUCCUGUUCAAAAGCCCACAGUCACCAGCAUGUGUGCCGAGACUGCCCAGGAGCUAGCGGAGGGACAGAGAAGAGGAUCCCAGGGUGACAGUAAACAGCAAAAUGGGAAAAUCCUACCCAAACGCCCACCAAGAAAACACAUUAUGGAUCGUUAUACAGAGUUUUAUCACAUACCUACUCACAGUGAUGCCAGUAAGAAGAGACUGAUUGAAGAUACUGAAGACUGGCGUCCAAGGACUGGAACGACUCAGUCUCGCUCUUUCCGAAUCCUCGCCCAGAUAACUGGGACUGAACGUAUGAAAGAAUCUGAAACUGAUAAUACAAAGAAGGCAAAGGAAAAGACACCCCUUCACGUCUUUAGUCCCAAAUACACAAAAUUACGUGACUGGCACCACGAAGUUUCAGCACGCGCUCUUAACGUACAGUGAUUUAUGAACCUUGCCCCAAGAGCAGCCAGCACAUGCCUUUUCGUUCCCUUUUUCUUUUCCUCCAACUUCAUAGCAAAAUCCGUAUUAAAUUUGCCUUAUGAAAGACAAAAUAGAAUCUUUUCUAUACUUCUCUAACCAUUUCCUGCCGUUGUGAAAACGAGGAGGAUGAACACGUUUUGUGCUAGUUGGUAGGUCACAAAUGUUAAACCGAGAGAGCGAAGUAAGGAGCCAGAUUGAUUCAGUGGGUUUACAUCUGUUUUUAUUGUUGUUAUAGGAGUAACCUUGGAAAAGGAAUUCUUUUCGUAAGUGGAAUCUGGUUGGUUGGUUGAAGCAGAGGUGGAUGAGCAAAUAAUGUCCUUGUCUAGUUUGGAAAAUCCUUCCUUUAUGUUACUGCAUUUCUCAAGGUUACUUUAUUGUAAAGCUCAUUAUUACGUAAUGUUCAAAGUGGGCUGUAAACGCUUCUAAGUAAGCAAAUAUGAGGAGGCAAGAUAAAAGAGAAAUGAUUUUGUUAGAAUCGAGUUCAUUACAGAUUUGGGUAUUUUUGUAAAGCAGAAACUAUUGAGGAUGACUGUCUGAGGAGCAGGAGGGCCCAGAUUUGGCUCCCAAAAAAGGAAAGAAGAGAAUUCUGCCCCUGUUUGCAAUGGGGAAAUAAUAGUGUUCGUUUGGUUUCGUUAGUUUUAAAAAUCCUAUUUUCUACCAAAGGAAUUAUUUCUAAGCUGGUGGAUGUGUUUAGGUUAUAGACAACUUCUAGGUAUUAGCUAGUAAGUUGUAGAAAAGAUAGCUUUGCUUUAUUUCUAAAUCAGGGGAAAUGAACAUAAAAUAAAUCGCAAUAUGAAUGAUUCUUUAUGCAACAUCAGAGAAAUAUUUUACUUAGUGAUAUAAACUAUUAUGCAUUGUUGCUGUUCCAAGGAAGCUCUGUUUUAGGCUUUAUAUGCAAGCUAAAUAUCUGACCAGAAAUGCUUUCUGUCUUGUAAUAUAAUGUAUUAUAUAUUAGAUUAAAUUCAAUAAUAAAUGCAUUUUGAAGUUUGGAAAAGUAUUGUAAUAAAGUUGCCUUUAACUUA